AUGUCCCCCAAAUGGUCAUGGUCGUCGACCGGAAACGAAGUGGUAGCCGGAUAUGCCGAGAGGAUCAAGGGACGAACAUGCCCCAGCGACGGUGGAAUCGGCGCAGAAACGGCACUUUGUCUUGCAUCGCAAUCGCCAUCAACAAUCAUACUUGCCGGGCGAGACCGGGCCAAGAUUCAGCCCGUCAUCGAGAAAAUAUCUCAUUUGAACCCCGAGGUCAAUGCAAUUUUCAUCGCGCUCGACUUGAGCAGUCAGGCUUCGGUGCGGUCAGCUGCGGCGGAAGUCAACAGACAAGUCAAUCAUCUCGAUGUGCUCAUCAAUAAUGCUGCACUAAUGGCCUGUCCGUAUGGCACAACGCCGGAUAAUUUGGAAAUACAAUUUGGAACGAACUUCAUCGGUCCUUUCCUCUUCACUGGUCUAUUGCUUCCCAGGCUUCGUGCUGCGGGGCCCGGGGCACGCAUUGUGAAUGUCAGCAGCUCCGCGCAUCGCUUUGAGGGUAUCAGGUUUGAUGAUGUUGAUUUCAAGGGUGGAUCUGUUUAUGAUACCUGGAAAGCAUAUGGCCAAUCGAAGACUGCGUUGAUUUUGAUGGCUGUUCACAUCGCUAGCAAACUCCCUAGCACGGAUAUUGCUGCAUUUUCAGUCCAUCCAGGGAGCAUUGCGUCGAACUUGCAGCGACAUGUAGAUUCAGAGUCAAUCUCGGACGCCCGAGUUAAGUCGCAAAAUAUUGUUGAUUAUGAAGUCACGGACAGGAAAAGUCUCCAACAAGGCUGUUCCACUACGUUAAUUGCAGCUUUGGAUCCUAGUCUUACAGAACUCUCAGGCUCAUAUUUAAGCGACGGUCAGUUAAAGGAUCCAGCGCGUCAUGCAAGUGGAACUGAGAACGCCACGAAGCUGUGGAAUCUGGGGGAGGCUAUUCUGGGGCAAACAUUCGAGCUAUAA